AUGUCGGCGCUUGGUAUUCGCGGCCAUGCGCUGACACCCACUCGCCAACCAGGUUCCGAGACAGAUGAAUUCACCCCGACGCUGCUCAGCAGACAGCCCAGUCAAGACGCGGGAGAUCCGACCAACGCCCUACCCACUCUGAGCCAACGAUUACGCCAUAACAGCUCCAUCCUCUCCAUUGCCCUGUCCAAUGGCCACAUAUACGCAGGCACACAGGCCGGCGAAAUCCUCGUCUACAGCCUGGGAACAUACGAGAGGAAGGCGGUCGUAGAGGGCCAUCGGGGCAGCGUACUAGGGCUAUGCCUUUCUCAGGACCAGACACUUCUCUUCUCGAGCGCCGGCGAUCGAAUUGUAAAUGUGUGGGAUACGCAAUCAUUAAAGAGAACGGCAUGUCUAUACUCGUCCUUUGACGUGGGCGACGUCUUCUGCGUCUCCUAUUCCUCUGCGCUGCAGACAGUAUAUCUUGGCUGUCAGAACACGACGAUACAAUGGUGCAGGAUAGGACAGUCUGCUUCCAAAGCACACGCGGCGCCUUCGCGACGCGGAGAUGAUCGUUUCUUCGACUCUGCUGGCCCUGGAGGCGUCCGGACUCCCAGACCACCCGGAUCCGAUGUGACACCGCGUCAUGCGAGAGGCGGAGAGAGCAUCGAGAUUGGCAAGACCAGCGUACGACACUUCGCACACUACGGAUACGUAUACUGCAUGCUACUGGCCAGGGAGGGAGUGCCAGAAUGGAUGGGACAUGAGACUCUGGUGACGGGUGGUGGUGACGGGGUCAUCAAGUUGUGGAAGCUCGACGCACACAAUGGGGGCGCUGUCGACGAGCUGUACAAACUAGACGAUGGUCGGGAAGAAGGUCACUCUAUUCUCUCCAUCGCGCACGAAGGGACCUUUGUCUACUCGGGAAGAAGUGGCGGAGAGGUCGACGUCUGGGACCUCGAGACCAGGCAGCUGGUGCGCAAUAUCAAAGCGCACAGAGACGAUGUGCUCACGAUUUGCUUUGGAGGCGGCUUCCUCUUCACCGCCGCGGUCACUGGCUACGUGCGGAAAUUCGAUCGACAGUAUCAGCUCAAGAACAGCUUAAAAGCGCAUGACGGCCGCAUUCUUGCUUCAGCGUUCUCAUUUCACGACCAGCGCCCUGUAUACGUCACGGGAUCCAACGACCACAGUCUUGCGGUCUGGGAUGUCAGCGAUUGUAUCCGAUCCACAGCAUCCACCGCAAAGACCAGCAAUGAGCAGCUGGUAGAUUCGCUGAGACGCUUCGUCUCAUAUCCAACUGUCUCCUCGGACCCCUACCAUAAAGCGGACUGCCGACGAGGAGCAUCGUAUCUGCGCUCCGUGUUCAAGAACUUCGGCGCUGUGACGGAAAUGUUGCCAACAGAAGAUCCUGGCAACCCCAUUAUCCUUGCCCGCUUCAGAGGAAAUCCAGCAACUGCGGCAGAUCGCAAAAAGAUCCUAUUCUACGGGCAUUACGACGUUGUCGCUGCCAAGAAUGACAGCGGCAAAUGGAUCGUCGAUCCUUUCUCAAUGGAAGGCAUCGAUGGGUACUUGUACGGACGUGGGACAUCUGAUAACAAGGGACCUAUAAUGGCGGCAAUCUUUGCUUGCGCUGAGCUGACCAGCGAACAGGCCCUGGACUCGGAUAUCAUUUUUCUCAUCGAAGGAGAAGAAGAGUGUGGGUCUCGAGGCUUUGAAAAGGCCGUGAGAAGGAACAAGGACAAAAUUGGCGACGUCGACUGGAUUCUUCUUGCCAACAGCUACUGGCUCGAUGACCGGAUUCCCUGCCUCACUUACGGCCUUCGUGGUGUCAUUCACGCCACUGUCCAGAUCGAAAGUGGCCACCCGGACCUUCACAGUGGCGUCGAUGGCAGUGCGCAGCUCGACGAGUCGCUAAAAGACCUUGUCCUCCUACUCGGCACGCUCACUGGAAAGAACGGCGAGGUCAAGAUACCUGGAUUUUAUGACCCAGUGCCAGAAGUGGGUGAGAAGGAAGCUGAACUCUACGCGGACAUCACAAAUGCUCUCGUCUCCAGAAACCCAGAGCUCGGGGACCCCGACGCUUUGGCAGCCUCCCUGAUGCGUCGCUGGAGGGAAGCUACACUCACCAUACACCGUUUCCAGACCUCAGGGCCCGACAAUGCCACAAUUAUCCCACGUCUUGCAAAGGUCGCUCUGUCUAUGCGCCUUGUCCCCAACCAGGAAGCCUCCCAAGUGGCCAAGUCACUGGUGGAGUACCUGGAAGCAGAGUUCAAGAACCUCGAAUCCAACAACUACCUGACUAUCACGAUUGACCAUCAAGCAGAACCUUGGCUCGGUGAUUGGACCAACGAGAUCUUCAAGACUUUGGAGGAGGCCAUUAUGGAGGCUUGGGGACCCAUCGAUCAGACGCGACGACGCAAGUCUUCUGCGGCGCCGUUCAAGACGCCUGCGCCUCGUAAAGCCAACGGCUACUUCGGCAGCAAGCCAUCACCGACGACCUCUUCUACAUUGGCGAAGGAGAGUCUUGCCACGCCUCUGACACCACUCACGGAGGUUACAGAAAGGCUGGAAGAGAUCGCCGGACCAACCCAGCCAGCUCACAGACAACGAAGGAAGCCUUUAUACAUUCGUGAAGGUGGCUCGAUCCCCGCCAUCCGAUUCCUGGAAAAGGAGUUUGGCGCUCCAGCUGCACAUCUUCCCUGCGGUCAGGCAAGUGAUUCGGCUCAUCUGGACAACGAGCGGCUGAGGCUGAAGAACCUCUAUGUCGCCAAAGCAAUCUUCAAACGCACAUUUCGGGAACUGCCUCGGAGGUAA